AUGAUUUUUAGAGUUGCGAGUGAUUGCAACUUUUUCUGUAACGUGCCCCUGGUCUGUUUGUCAUCCCGUUUAGUUCCCCCUACUACUAAACGAAGAACAGAAGCACCAAAGACCACAUCAGGGCAAGGAGAAAUAACAACAGAAGAGCAAGAGGCUUCUGAGGAACCACCAGAAGACAACACUGCCUUAAUCAUCGGUCUGUCUGUGACCUUUGGCCUACUGUUCCUCAUUAUAGUGAUGAUAUCACUUCUCUACUGGCGUAAAGGAAGAAGAGGGAAAGAGGACCUGGCAAGCCUACACACUGGUAUGGAAACAACUGGAUAUGAUAAAGAUUUCGGUAAUAUGAAUUUUGCAUUACAAGAGGUUGAUACAAGCAUGUUUGGGGAAUUUCCAGAUGACUCAAUGCCUUCCGGUGCAGGAAUUGAUAACCCAAUGUAUUCAUCGCCUUCAACCUUACCAAUAGACGAAAACAGUGAGGCCUGAUAAUGAAGAGCGCCAUCUCAUGUCAAGAUGUAGCCAUUCUUUAGUAUUAUUAUAACAUUAGAUUCUUGUACUAGGUUCAAACAAGAAAAAAAUGUAUUUACAUUAUUAAGCUUCUACAUUCCAUUAUCAUAUGCGUUGAUUAAUUUGAUAUUGAUUUGGUGGAAGCUUCUUUAUCUUUAUUCGAAACAGCUAGCUAUAAAAAAAAAUAUCAAAUACUUUCCACAUAUAGCCUGUUUUAGUGAAUAGUUGAAUAGUUUUGUGAACGGCCAUUAUAUGACUUGUGUAGAAUCCAUAUCAGCAUCUGACGCACAUUUAUUUCGUAUUUUUCCAAUAAAUGUGUAUUUAAUAUACAUGUAUAUGUCCGAAUAGUUCAUAUUUUAACAUGUUUAAAGAGAUGUAGAAGUUUACUCAUUUCAAUGAACCCCCCCACA